AUGGUUGACGAUUCGGUGCGCAACGAGUUCGCGCCAGUGUACUUCGUGCUAUGCACCUUCAAAACGGAGUGUAUAUAUGGCGAUGUUUUUCACUUGAUCAAUCGCGAUACUGGCAAGAAUAUGACUCCUGCAGAUCGCGCGUUGCACCGACGAAUGAGAAACAAGCGUAUUAUGAAGGAGGAAGCUUCUAUCGCAAUCGAGCCCGGUGUUCCGGACAUCUUAACAGUCAUCGACCUAGGACUGGUUGACCCAAAAGGCAUCGCUUGGGUCAAACAUGAUAUAAACAACGAUGCGUUGCUAAAGGGUAUGUGUACUUACGUCAGCAAUGGAGGAGCUUCUGGGUUUACUUCAGAAAAACGUGACUCCAGCGAUACUUCAUCACGGAGUGGAAUGUUUGGCAUCGCAAACCCAGUUGUGGUACGCACGAAUAACCCUUUAGAGAUGUUCAACAGGGAGCUGACGUCAGAGCAGUAUAACGCGUGGGCUUCGCCGAAAAAACAGCGCGCUCCACGCAUUCAGCUCCCGACAGCGCCAGACUUGACAAGUUUUGAAAUUCCUCCGGAUUCCGAGGACGAAUAUGACGACGAAGUGGCUUACCAGAAUGUCGAAAGUCCUGGAGACGCUGUGUCGGCUGAAGACUUAGCCCAUGAGAUUGAUGAGCACGCGGAUACGAAUGACUUUUCGCUCGACUGGGACGUCGAUCAGGACAACGAUGAGUAG